AAUGGCGGAGUUAGACGACGAGAGGAAGAGAGGAAGACGCGAUGCGGUAAAGUGAGCUUCAGUUGGAGAAACCGUAGCUCCCGGAGCGAGACAAGGACUGUGAGAAGCGGUUGCUGGCGGGUUGGAGCUGCAAUAGAGGCUGCUCUAAUGAGAGAGAGGGAGCUUCUUGUCGUGUUGCUGCAAACACCGUUAGUUCCAUAUUUUAAAAGUCAGACGAUUUUCGUUAUUUCGAACACGUGCGUAAAAGCUAUGCACAUGCGCACACACAACUAAAUUCGCACACAGACAGACUGCUAGUUUACAUAACUAAGCAACCAUGAUUUUCAGUCAGUAGUAUACUACUUAGACGUACAAUUCAACAGUCCACUGGCCAUGUCUCAGUAUUUAUCGUAUGAUAUGAACACAUUCUCAGUCAAGGUCAUCAGUAGUUGUCUGGUUGAGGGUUUUGGUGAAAUAUGGAGGAUUGUGGAAAGAGCAACAUGUACUGGUGGAGUGGCAGUCUUCACCAUCCCAGAGAGGGU